CUGCCUUCCACAGAAGCAGGUUUCCCAUAUGCGUCGCUUCAGACUCCGCCAGGUGAUCGAUGGACCUCCAUCUCUUCAACUGAACAUCACUGCAAGUCUAAAGUGAGGUGGGCCAUGGGUCCGGCGUGGGAACAUCGACGACGAUCGUAACUGAAGUGUUCGGCGGAGCCAGGGCACGAUGAGCGCAGGGUACAAAGACUGACACGUGAUCUACCUGGUGCUUGAAAAAAGUACUGAAGAAAAAGCAGGUAUUCGAUCAACCACCCGUCAACACGUGCCAUCACAGCGAGGGCUCCCAGGGAGGUCACCUUCUUGCACACGGUUGUAACGCGCAAUAAGAGACGAUGACGACCGUUACGACAAAUAAAUCAGAGCUGGAGCUUCACAAACUCCUUGAACGAGCAGUCCUUCUCUCCUACUACGACAAAUUCAUCGAGAUAGGCGGGGACAAUGUGCAGCAGCUUCGUGACUCCAGCGGACACGAUUUCCAGGAGUUGAUCAACAUGGUAGAUAUGGCCAGAAAGCCACCUCACGUCAAGAGGUUCAAGAAAGCACUGGCAGAGUGGAAACCAGACACAGUUGCAGCAACGUCCACUCCAGCGGAUGGUGCAGAAGGGGAGCUUCACAAGCUACUUCGAGGAGCGGAUCUUCUCUCCUAUCACGACAAGUUCAUGGAGAUAGGCGGGGACAAUGUUCAGCAGCUUUUUGACUCGACGGCGGAGGAUUUCCAGGAAGUGAUUGACCUUGUUGAUAUGGCCACAAAGCCAUUUCACGUCAAGAGACUGAAGAGAGCACUGGGCCAGUGGACAGGACCGUCAGUCGCGGUAGCAUCCAGUGCGGCCGACGAAUCAGAAGGGGAAGGUCACGAAUUACUUCGACGAGCGGAUCUUCUCUCCUACCAUGACAAGUUCAUCGAACUGGCCGUAAUGACGUCCAUUCCUUCAAACGAGUCGGAGCGUGAAGUUCACGAACUGCUUCAGCGAGCGGAUCUCCUCACCUACUACGACAAGUUCAUCGAGAAAGGCUUAGACAAUGUGCAGCAGCUUUCUGACUCGACGGAAGAAGAGUUCCAGGAGUUCAUGGAUCUUGUUGGCAUGGCCGAAUUCCCUUUUCACGUGAUGAGGUUGAAGGACAAACUGGAACAGUGCACAGGGCAUCCAGGAACUUAUCCGGCUGGUCAAUUUGAUCCCCACGUGGAAAGGUUGCAACAGUGGAAAGACCUCAGGAAGGAAAUGCACGAAGCCAUUGCGGCCAAAGACGAGGCUCGUGUUCUAAAGUGCCUGAAUGCUAUGCCUGUAUUGAAACUGUGGCUGGAUCCUGUCACAAAAAAGUCAGCUUGUUACAAAGCAGUCGAAGAGAAAGCUUUCCGUAUUCAUGGUCUCUUACUCUCGCGCGAAUGCUCCCUCAAAGACGACGAAGAAUCAUCGUGUUACCAAGGUCUCACACGCCUUGAACGAGCUGAAAUUCGUCGGCAACAAUAUUACACCACCAAAUACGAGGACUCUUACAUCGACUAUCUGAAAAGCAAAUCGCGGAGCACCACCGAAUGUGAUGACUUCGGUGUACGAUUGGAGAAGAUGUUUAAGCAGCUCUCCAGUGAUGAAGUAAACAGGAUUAUUCUCAAAGUUGUUUCAACAGCACCACACCUAGAAAUAGUGUUCGACUCUGCGGCUGAAAACGUUCAGAGGAUUACUGGAUCCGGCGGGUGUUCCACACGCGGUCUGACCUAUCCUGAAGAACAAAUGGUUUGUGUUUGCGGCAGCACAGAGAAGCGAGAAGUUUGGGGAACUCUCAUUCAUGAGUUGUCCCACAUGGCACUGUCCUUAGUUUACAAGAAUGAGGGAAAGCCAUAUAACCCCGGCGACAAGGAGAAGGAACGUGAUUACCAAGAAAUUCUGAACGACGUUAAAGGAAGGAAAAAUGAUGUGCAUUUCCUUAUCCAGAAAGCCUUCGACAAUAAUGAGGAAGGAGAGCUAAUUGUACGGAUUCCUCACAUACUGACCGAAUGUGGCUGCGAUGAAGGAAAUAGGAUUCUGGAGCUUCAAGCACCGAAACUACUAAAGUUUUUCAAGGACACUGUCAUGCCAGACAUGCAGAGAUACAUUCUGAAUGGAAUCCGGUCCAUAGAUUCAAAAGAAAUCGAAAACGAGAACGCAAGACUUGGAGAAGCUUCCCGUGUUGGCCAAUUCAAAGUCAAUUUCGAGAAGCCGCUGGACUUGCGUGACCUGCAAGAUAUGCCUCUUCUUGUCCUUGCGGGUCCAGAACUGAGUCUCCUCGAAAUAAUGGUUCACAACACUGUGCAAUCCACGGGGCAGCCAUACUUGUUUUUCGAGCCAAACCAAAUGGACGAUACGCUAAAGCAUGUGUUAGUGAACUACAAAUGUCGAUUUGUGCUUGUAACGGUUUAUCCAAACAAAAACGUCCCAGUUAUUAUUGAACUUCUGAGCGAAGUAUCCCGUGUGACUGGAACAAACGUCAUCUUGGUUGUGGAAGACAGACACAAAGAGUACUUGACGGAACAAGUGGCAAAAGACACAUUAAUUGCUGGGAAACAUAAAGUUCGCAGUAUCGUCGAAGCAGACAUUGAGAAUGUCACGCGCGACUGCAAAGAAGAAUUGUUUAAAAAUUCUUCGUUAAGCCUUCAGGGCGAAUAUGUUUCAAAAUUUUCGAAUGUGAUGCAUACUGAUGCUUUCUUACGCUGCUUAGACACUUCGGUUUUCCUAAACCUGUGCCAAUGUAAGAAAAUUGACCUGGGACCUCGUCUUCAUAAACUUGAAGGUUCUGUCAAGAACUGUUAUGUGGAGCGAGUGUUUACAAGGACUGUGCAAAUUGACCUGAAAGCGUGCAGACUGGACGAUGACAAGGAGGCUUUCGCACUUCUGAAGUGUCCGCAUGAAUACUUUGCAAAACUUGUACCUCAUGGCUACGACGCAAAACAUCAGGAAAAUUUAGAGCGUUUUCAAAAAUUUGUGGUCCUUCAAGAGUCACGUGACUACGACGCUCUCUUAGAGAAUGUUAUUUACCGAGACAAGACAGUGCAUCUGUUCCGCAUCAAUGAAUCGGGUAACGGACUGCUGUGGACUAAAUCAAAUGGCCCUCUCAGUCACCUUCCAAUGACUGGGAGUGAAGAUUAUACUACAGAAGCGUUGCUGAAAGUGCCCGAGAAGGUCGUCCUCGUUUCUGGCGCACCUGGUAUGGGAAAGACUGUGCUGGCAUCUCGGUUGUGCACACGGUUAAAAAGUCAAGACAAGAAGCGGUGGGUGCUCUACGUCGACCUUGUUCAGAGAAUGGCAUCUGUUAAAACUGCGUCGCCUACUCUGGAAUAUCUAGCGAAUCUGUGCCAAGUACAGAAAGAUGGGCUGGAGUUCGCUUUGUUCCAGGAAAGCUUGGAGAAUGGUAGCCCUUUCGAGGUCGUAGUCAUGUUGGAUGGCUUCGAUGAAGUCAACGAGAAAUGUCGCAAGUGUGUGCUCGACCUUAUACAGUUUCUAGCUAACAAAAAGGUUUACAAGGUGUACCUACUUACUCGCACUGUGUUUAAACCCCAUGUACAAGAUACCUUGCACACUGUGUCAUAUGACCUCGUUCCUUUUUCUGAUGAAAACCAGAAGGAUUUCCUCACAAGAUAUAGGGCCCAAAGAGAAACUCGAGCGACCAGCAAUGAGUCAUUUCUGCAAAAAUUCGAGCAACUGUACGAGACAUUGAAGAAGAAAAACAAGACAAUCCUAGAAACCCCUCUCCUACUUCAUAUGAUGGCUCAGAUAGAGAGCGGGGAAAUUACGAAGUCUGGCGAGUACUCUUCUUUGCUCGAAAUUGCUGACAUUUCUGCUGGCGAAAGUAUGCACACUGUACAUAUUUACAAGAUGUUUGUCGAGUACAAGCACCUUGUGCACAGAAAAGAAAAGGUGAAGGAAGACAUCCCCCGAAGUGCUGUGCGAGGGGACGACACCGCGAAAUCUCGGUUCUACGCAAACCAUAGUCUCCUCGCUAUGAAGUGUAUAUUUCAUCAGGAUGCCUUGAACACCUUAUUGAGUGAAGACGAAUUAGUGCAGUUAGAUCCCGAAAGAAAUUUCAUGAAGGGCGUUGCGGACAAUUCUCACAAAGAGGGCUUUGUGAAUGGAAUUAACGAUGGAGGAACGCCCGAGUUCGUUCAUAAGACUUUCGCUGAAUUUUUCGCAGCUCACUACCUUCUGGAGAAGGCAAAGAUCAGACAAAAACCGAGCUUUAGGAACAAAGUCCUAGAAUUGUAUGGUAAAGAAGACUACGAGGGUGUAAUGCUGUUGUUCGAUGGACUGGCGUCGGAGUCCUAUCCACUUCACUCUGCUGUAAUAAACAACGACGCUUCAUAUUUUGAGCAACUCGUUAUACAAAGAGAGGAUAUAAGAAAUAGCAUGUUGCAGGUGGAUGAGCUCAAAAGGACGCCAUUGCACGUAGCUGCCCUGCAUGCUGAUGAAGCGACAUUGAAGAGGCUUCCAAUGGAUGAUGAACUAAUCCAGAAUGAUUUGUUUCAAAUGUCACCGUUUGGAUACGCGGAGCUGAAUUGUCCAUGGGAAGAAAAAGACCAUAUAAUAUUGUGGGUACCUUCUCGGACUGAGACUUCACCUGUGAGGGAGAGACUCAACGUAUUAUGUGACGGAUGCAGUGAGGAAGCAGUGAAACGCUCUACCGAAAAUAUUCGCUCAUGUGGAACCUUCGAGGAAAAGACACGUUUUCUAGAGCGAGCAAUAUUCACGGCUGUGAUACACGACCUACGAGGCGUUUUAGACGUGUAUCUGAGCUAUGUGUCCCCGAAAAAGAGUACCGUAAUCCUAAGCACAGACACCAUGAACCAGUUACAAUCACGCGAGGAACGAAGCUUGAGAUAUUCUGCAGAGCUUCGGCUAAUUGAAGAUCUCGAUGAUAUCAGAUACGGUAACAAUAGAACUGUUCCUUUUUACGCAAAGUCGGAGGUUGUUUGCAGAAUGCUCCUUCCUUACUGCGAUAUGGGAAUUCUUGAUGGGGAUGGAAACAAAAUGUUGCACAUUAGUGCGAAAGAAGGAAAUCUGGAGACAACACAGUUUCACCUCGCACGUUUAUCCGUUAACAACAGAAAUAGAGACCUUAAAACUCCUUUGCACUUGAGUGGAGAUGCAGCGAUUGUGAGGCUACUUCUUCCUCUUUAUCACUCAGUGAAUGUUCUCGAUUAUCGUCAACAAUCUCCUAUGGAUACAUUUGCCAAGAGAGAUGAUCUGGAGUCCAUGAAGUUGUUACUCCUUCGCACUCGGACAUAUCAGAUCAGACUGAACACGACACUUCAUGUGGCUUCUGACUCUCAUUCCCUCAAAGCUGUGACGUUUGUUCUACCCCACACAAAUGUGCACAUGCUUAACUCCAAAGGAGAAACGUGCUUAGACGUUGCUUGGAAAAGUUGGCUAUAUGAGUCGAGUUCGGAGUCCAACGUUGUGAGGUGUCUCAUCCCACACUCGCUUGUAAACUCACCUGAAACGUUCGGCUCAUCACCGUUGUACAUCUGGGCGAGAGGUGGUAGAAGGAAAAGGAUGCAAACUCUAUGGCCUUAUUUGCGACACAGUGACUCUAGGCAUGCACAGAGGAUCAGCGGAAGCUCCUCUGCUCAUGUGCGGGUGAACGAGGAUUUCCAAGAAGAAAUUUGGUGUCUGAAACUUCUCUUCCUCCAUUUAGAUGUCAUCGCUGGUGAUCCUUAUAGCCGUAAACUGCUACAUGAUGUGGCAAAGAGCAAGCUACGUGGGAUAAAAGAAGUACACUACAUUAAUUACAUUAAGGUGUUAUUGCCACAUUUAAAUCUCAAUGAGUAGGAUUGUGUAAAAUAUAGCGUAGGAAAUGACGACAUUGUUACCUUAUAUCAAAUAUGGUCGGACAUGAACAAGACCGAUGAUCCCCACAUUGACGAUGUCGACACGGAAAUGAUCGACGACGAUGGCAAUACGAAGUUGCUAAUAGAAGCAGAGGAAGGUAAUGUGGAAGCUGUGGAACUUCACCUCUCACAUUCAUCAGUGUGGUUUACAGGUGAAGGAGAGAAUACUGCAUUGCACUUGAGCGCGAGGAAGGGAUAUCCAAAUGUGGUGAAGCUUCUCAUUCCUUUUUAUACAUCAGUGGACGUGAUCAAUGUGCAUCGAAAAACGCUGAUGCGUGUCUGUGCCUCAAAUGGAUACCUGGGUGUUAUAAAGUUAUUAUUACUCCGCUCUAGAAUGAGUUUUCGUGACAAGUAUGAAAGGGCACCUCUUCACUUGGCCUGCAUAAGCGAUGCCGUUGUUGAUAUCGUGAACUUCCUUCUUCCGCACUCAUUCCCUAAUAUGCGCGACAGCUUGGGUUUCACGUGCUGCGCUCUUUCCGCGAUAAGAAGGAAUAUGAAUGUGCUGAGAUGCCUUGUCUGAAACUUAUGGUUCUCCACUCAUAUGUCAGUGCAGUAGAUGAGUGUUUUCGUAAAACACUCGACCAAUUUGGAGAUCAAUUCCCGCGUCUACAAGAGACUAAGAGAUCAAAACUCCUGAAUUGUAUUUCUCUCUUGCUUCCUCAUACAAAUGUUUCUGCUAAGGACGAUGAAGGCAAGGAACUAUUACAAGCCCUCCAAAGUAGUCAGAUCCUGAAUUGGAUAGCUUCCUUGAGAAAUGGACUCGCUUGAGUGACCUUCAUUCAUGAUGCCGACGAUUGUUGGCAACGUUGUGGUUAAGUACCAUGUGGCACCGAGUUGUCAGUGGACACGAACUCUGCAGACGAUAUUGCAGGUUUACUAGAGCUUUCAACACAGUAUACUGAGUGCUUGCCUUCAUCCGAGAAAGCACAAAUAUUAGCAAGGGUCAAAAGUAGGUGAUUUUGUGAUUGUGAUUAUAGCUAAGGCACUUUUUUUCUGCUUCUUGUUCCUUAUGUUAAAAAGUGCCGUUCCGUAGUGGGUUCAUAAGGUGAUUUGAAAAUGUGUAAAAAGUGAGUUUAAUCCUAAUGUGCUAGUUGUACGGUUUGCUAUGAUAUACAACAGUACUAGAAUACGACUGCAUGUGAUUAUGUUUACAUAGGGUAUCUCACAGAGAGUGGAGAUAACUGUAAUAGACCGAUUGAACCUCGCAUUCUUAAAAAAAAGUUGGUCAAUGUUAUACAUUUUAGAGUGGUAAUGGAUUGUCACCAAUGUUUGUCGAAAGAUGUGUGAAGUUGAAUCCAUCUAGCAGAGUGGUACGCUUCAACGCUCUAGAUAUACGUGUCCUAAGGUUACAGCCCUUGGUGUCAAAUGUAUAUGAAAUGAAGUGGUUUUCGCACAUUGGAGAAGGCUUAAUUCAAAUUAUUUUUAACUAUAGCUCGCUUCGCUGCAGAGUGGUGUAAAGUAACUAUUGUCGAGCGAAUCACAUGCGCGAGACACUCGUACUUUUAUUACGACCGAAUAAAUGUACGGGUUCCAAAUUGUUUUGCAGUUAUGAUUACAGGUUACAGGACAUAUUACUUUGACGCAAACCAGGUUUGCGUAAAGGAUCCACGACUGACUCAAAAAUGCCCGUCACAAAUUGGAUUUGUGUGCGUGUGAUUAAAUGAUUACAUGAGC